UAUCUCGUUUUUCAAUCAAGUAACGGAAAUCGGCGACUGAGUAAAAGAAAAAGUAAAAUUGAAAUCCGAUUUCCCUCAAAUCAUCUUAACCUAAUUUAUUUAAUUAUUACUGUUAAUUAAUUCUCAGAUCGAUCGUGUAAUUUUAUUGGAAACAGAUGAGGUGAUUUUUAUCUACUUGUUAUUUUUGAGAUAAUAAUAAAGAUGGAUUUGGUAACCAGUUGCAAGGAAAAAUUGCCACAUUUCCGGAUAAAAGAGCUGAAGGGCAUUCUUACUCAACUUGGCCUUUCCAAGCAAGGAAAGAAGCAGGAUCUUGUUGACCGGAUAUUAGCUAUCAUCUCUGAUGAUCGAGCAGUUUCUGGCAUGUGGGCAAAGAAAAACGCUAUUAGAAAGGAAGAGGCGGCAAAACUAGUUGAUGACAUUUACAGAAAGUUGCAGGUCCCAGGGGCAACCGACUUGGCAUCAAAAAGUCAGUGUGUUUCAAAAGUCACUAUUAAUACAACAUUCAAGGAGGAAGUUGAAGACACUUGUCAAACAGAAAAAGUUAGGUGCCCAUGUGGAAGUUCUUCGAAAGCAGAUUCAAUGAUAAAGUGUGAAGAUACAAAAUGCAACGUGUGGCAGCAUAUUGGUUGUGUUAUUAUCCCAGAGAAGCCUAUGGAUGGCAUUCUACCAGCACCUCCUCCAACUUUUUAUUGUGAACUCUGUAGGCUUGGUCGUGCAGAUCCGUUCUGGGUAACCAUGGGACAUCCUUUAUAUCCUGUGAAGCUGACUAUUGCAAGUGUCCCUACUGAUGGCACAAGCCCAAUGCAGAAUGUUGAAAAGACUUUCCAGCUUACAAAAGUUGACAGGGAUCUGUUGGCUAGACCCGAGUUUGAACUCCAGGCCUGGUGUAUGCUCUUGAAUGACAAGGUUCCUUUUAGGAUGCAAUGGCCACAAUAUGCUGACUUGCAAGUAAAUGGUAUGCCUGUGCGUGCAAUCAAUAGACCUGGCUCUCAACUUCUAGGAGCAAAUGGCCGUGAUGAUGGCCCUGUUAUCACACCAUGCACCCGUGAUGGAAGUAACAAAAUUUCAUUGACAGGCUGUGAUGCUCGUGUGUUUUGUUUGGGCGUUAGAAUCGUGAAACGGCGCACAGUUCAACAGAUUCUCAACCUCAUUCCUAAAGAAUCUGAUGGUGAGAGAUUUGAAGAUGCUGUUGCACGUGUUUGCCGCUGCGUUGGUGGUGGGGCUGCUACAGAGAACGCAGAUAGUGACAGCGAUUUGGAGGUCGUGUCGGAUUCUAUACCAGUUAAUCUACGGUGUCCUAUGAGUGGCUCAAGAAUGAAAAUUGCUGGACGAUUCAAACCUUGCAUUCAUAUGGGCUGCUUUGAUCUUGAAGUUUUUGUGCAAAUGAACCAACGGUCUCGAAAGUGGCAAUGCCCCAUUUGUCUAAAGAACUACUCCUUGGAAAAUGUUAUUAUUGAUCCAUAUUUUACUCGUAUUACAACUCAGAUGAGGAAUUGUGGAGAAGAUGUAACAGAAAUCGAGGUAAAACCAGAUGGUUCUUGGCGUGUAAAGACAGAAAAGGACCAAAAAGUUUUAGGGCAGCUUGGACAGUGGCAUUUACCUGAUGGUAGUCCCUAUGUUCCAAUGGAAGUUGAGUCUAAACCUGUACCAGAAGCUUUAAAGCAGGUUAAACAGGAAGCUGGUUCUGAAAGUCAUAACACUGGCUUAAAACUCGGGAUAAAGAAAAACAGGGAUGGUAUCUGGGAAGUCAGUAAACCUGACCAUCUUCAUUCACUUUCUUCUGGCAAUAAAUUACCCGGAAACAUUUUAAAUAAUGGACAUAAUGGUCUUCAUCUGAGCAGCAGUGCUACUGGCAGUGGUAGAGAUGGUGAAGAUCCUAGUAUUAAUCAAGAUGGUGGUGGGCAUUUCAGCCAUUCGAUCACCAAUGGUGCCGAUUUUGGUUCGCGUUCGCCAAAGAUUGAUUCGGGCUACGGAUAUACCAAUCUAAACCCACCUGCCGCAGUUGGGGAUGCUGACAUCAUUGUUCUUAGUGAUUCAGAUGAAGAGACUGAAAUUCUGAUGCCGUCUGGACUAGUUAAUGAAAAUGGUACUGUUUUUCCUCGUGAACUUCCCACACCACAUACCGAAGAUCCAUCCCUCAUUGCUGGUGGGAGUUCCUGUUUAGGUCUUUUCAAUAGCAACGAUGAUGAUUUUGGAGUCCCAUUUUGGUCUUUACCUUCUACUAGUCAAGUAGGACCCAGCUUUCAGUUAUUUAGUUCAGACGAGAAUGUGCAUCAUGGACUAGGUGGUUCCACAUCGAUUGAUGGUUUCACACUGACCAAUGAGCUUGGCAUGGGUUCUGCACCUCUGGGUGCUGAUUCUUCAAUUUACCAAUCUAAUCUUGACAUAGGAGAUGGGUUAGUAGACAACCCUUUAGUUUUUGGACAUGAUGAUCCCUCGCUUCAGCUCUUUCUUCCUACACGACCAUCAGAGGCAGCAGAGCAGGUGGAGUUGAGAGAUCAGCCGUUUGUGUCCAAUGGUCUUCAUGGUGAUGACUGGAUAUCGCUACGGAUUGGUGGCAGUGGGGGCACUGGGGCAAAUUGUGAACCUGCCACCACCAAUGGGUUGAACACGAGUCUGCAGUCGCCAUCUAAAGAUGGUGCCAUGGAUACCUUGGCAGAUACUGCUUCUUUGCUUCUUGGAAUGAAUGGAAGUGGAUCUGCAAAAACCACCCGGGAAAGAUCUGAUAAUCUUUUUUCAGUUCCUCCUCAAAAGCGUUCAGUAAGACCAAGGCUGUAUCUAUCUAUUGACUCAGACUCUGAAGAAGAGAGAUAAGCAUAACCUUACACCGAAGUCGUCCGCAUUGCUUCAUGUUGAUUAUUUUCUUUCAUGUUAUCAGUUAAAUAGCUUGAUACCAUUUUUGCCCUCUAGAAUUACAUCAUAUCAUACUAGGUACUAUAGGUAGCACCUGGCCCAUAAAAUCUGUGAACCCUCAUUUCAUUUGAGUGGUGAGUUUUUUUUUUAAUGUGAAAUAUAACAUAACUUAUUCUUUUGAAUCUACGCUUCAUAUAAGUUGCUAAUGCUAUGAUGCUUGUGUAAAACAGGGCUGGUAUAGAUAUUCUAUCUGAUCCUUUACAAGAGACCAUGUUUGGUGUAUAGGAUUCUGGUAGCAUACAGUCUUGUAAAUUUCAUUCACUCAGAACUACAUUCAACAGAAAUAUAUUCAGAAGCUUUAUUUCAAUUAAUUGAAUUACCACCUUCGUUCUGUUGUUUA